CAUAUGGAAAGGUCGAAAGAAAACCUGCACCGAUUCCUUUUAAACUUGUUCCCAAACUAAUAUUUAGUAAAAGAUGACAGCAAAUUCCAGCUUGAUAAACACAGUUACAAUUCUAUCUCUAAGUGCAACAGCAGUUUAUCUGGGGCUUAGUGUUUUCCUAGGUUUUUAUUUGGGACGAAGGAAACACCAGACUGAAAAAUGGAUUAUUACCUGGCUUGUUUUCGAUGCACUUAUACACUUUACCUUUGAAGGUCCUUUUGUUUUAUUAUCUCUUUAUGGUACAAUCAAAGAGUCAGAUCAUUUCUCUGCUUCCCUGUGGAAAGAAUAUGCUCAAGCUGACAAAAGAUGGGGUGUGGCAGACCCAACCAUUGUAUCUUUAGAAAUAUUAACAGUAUUUUUGGAUGGGCCACUAUGUGUAAUUUUGAUCUAUGCCAUUUUGAAGAAGAAGUUUUAUCGUCAUUAUGUGCAGUUAAUUCUGUGUGUUUGUGAAUUGUAUGGAGGUUGGAUGACGUUUUGUCCAGAAUGGCUAACAAAAAGUGAGAACCUAGAUACCAGUAAUGUUUUGUAUCUGUGGAUCUACCUGGUCUUCUUCAAUGGUGUGUGGGUUGUCAUUCCACUCUACCUGAUGUGGCAUUCCUGGGUGGAGAUGAAACACUGUAUGACAACAUCAGCUGUAGCAGACGGAGGUCAUGGCACAGAGGUCACAGAAACAACAACAGUCACCACAACAACCUCUCGUCAUAAAUAUAAUACUAGGUCUAAAAAAAUAGAAUGACAAUUAUAAAAAUUGUAUCUCGUUCCAAAUUAGAUAUAUUAACCUGCUAUUUAAGUCGAACACUACCUUAAAAUUUACAUACUUGUAAACAUAUUUUGUAGCCAAGAACAUUCAAAUGUAAAAUAAUACAUAUAUGUUACAAAAAAUUUGUUCCAGCGUGAAAUUUGUUCUGCUGGACUUUAUAUCACAGAAAAUAUGUUCCAGCACUGUAAAAUUCGUUCCGGAACUAAUUUUAUGACCAAAUGUGAAAUAAGUUCCGGAACAAAAAUCAUAGCUCCAUGAAUUUUUUUCCAAUUAAUAUUAAGAGUUUUAAAAAGUUAAUUAAGUUCUUGUGAUAUUUGUUUUAAACAAACGUGUACACAUUUCAUAGAAAUCAAUGAAUAAGUUCCGCUCAAACCUAUUUUCACAGAAAAUAAGUACCUUUGCAACAAAUUGUAAGCGAAAUAUUUUCUUGUUACAUUUAAAUUAUAAUGCAAGCUGAGUGCUGUACUGAGUGUGCUUGCAUGGGAUACAUUUGCAAUUGAGGGCAUGACUGUAACUAAAGGAUGAAGAUAAGAAAUAAAAGCGAUGGUAAUGUAUCAUAA